AUGCUGAAACGACCCCGCGCGCUCCUCGCUGCGCUGGCGCUGACCGGCCUCAUCGCCGUCGGCGUCCUGAUUGCAACUGUGCUGAAGCUCUGGGGUCCCUGGCUUCCCUCCACUGGAUCACGGCGGACGAUCCCGCCAUACUGGGGCGGCUUCGGCGGUGUGAUCUGGAGUGGGUGCUCAGUGCUCCUCGCUUGUGUUUGUCCGGUUGCUUGGUUGCUAACUCUCAGCAUGGGCGUUUCGGCACGACCAAAGCGACGGGCGCACUAUGUCUUCGUCCUCGUGUGUGCGGUCGCCAUGGCGGGCUUUGGAAUCGGCACGGGCGCGCUCUGGACGCAUGCUGGUAUCCGCGAUUGUGCGAACAAGUUCUGUCGAGCUCGUUUCAGCCUGAUAAUUGUCUCGGGUGUCAAACCCAAGCUAACGAUCAGCAUCGCCAUUGCCGUCCUCGUGCUAAGCGACGUGCUCUUCCUCGCCUGGGUGGUGGCCUUUGCGAUCGGCCUGCGAUCACUGCUGAAACCCUCGACUCAACGGCAGCGAUACGAGACGACGACGGAGCGUGUGUCCCGUGAAGUACCGCGGGAGAAGCACUCUCUCGAAGCGACUCCGGACACGUCCGUCGGAAAGUCGAGCGUGAAUCCCACGCUGGGAGUGCCGGUCCUCAACAGUGUGCCGACCAGCCCUCUCCCGCCGCCGCCAGGCAUCUCCUCUUCUCCGCCAAGCCGCACAGUGGCGCUUAAGGAUACACUUUCCUCCUUCCGCGAUAAGAAGAUGCGCCGUGAAGGCACAGAGAGCACGACAGCAAGUCUCAUCCCGUACCUCUCGCCGUACGACCUCGACACUUUGCAGAGUAUGCAGCCUGGCCGCCAGCGAAGCAUGGACGCAGAGAGGGACAGACGGAGUACGGACGAGCCGGCGCCGUUCGAGGUGAAGAACGUCAGUUUCGGCCGCAAGUCGAACAGCUCGGGCAAGCAGAAGAGCAGGAAGCCCAUCGACGGGCUGUGGAAGCAGUAG